UAUCAGCGACCGAGCAAAUUUCAAACCGUUGUACACUUAAUAACAUGUCCCAAUAACGCACUACUUGUUUGUGUAGCUUCUAUAUUCAACGUGUGAUGGGUGAAUCCUGUUCAAGUCCAUGCGAGUCGCAAAGUUUUUCUUUAUUUUGGGGCUCGGGAAGUGUUCCAUGUUGGCGGGUUAUGAUCUGUCUCGAAGAGAAGGCUCUUCGUAAAUACGACAGUCGGCAGUUGUCAUUCUUAAACGGCGAACACAAAUCCGAACACGUGUUGGACAUCAAUCCGAGAGGACAGUUGCCCGCUUUUAAACACGAUGACACUAUAUUGAAUGAAUCUUUGGGAAUUUGCCAUUACCUCGAGGACAUGUUUCCUAACAAGGGCUCAAAGUUACUACCAGACAACCAGAAGGAAAAAGCGUUGACUUUACAAAGAGUUUACGAGACUCUGACUCUUCAGAGAAAAUGGCAACAAGUCUUGUAUUAUUUGCUGUACACACCUAUUGAUGAUCAAAAUAAAGAAGUGAUGAAGAAAAACAAGACAGAAUUAAUCGAAGAACUUCGACAUUGGGAAAACUACCUUGAAAAGCACGAAGGAGAUUUCUAUCUCACUGGAAAAGAAUUUACAAUGGCGGACGCAGUUUUUUUCCCGCAGCUGGCAAUGCUUGUACGUAUGCAUCACAGUCUGGGAAAAUCAUUUCCACUGCUGAACGACUAUUACAACAGGUUGUCGUCACGUGAUUCCAUCCAGAUCACGUGGCCGCCACAUUGGAAGGAGGUUGAUGGGCAAGAUAUCUUGGGUGAAGGAUUUGACGCCAACGAUUUUGACGUCACUCGAUUUUUUGGUUAAGAACUACUUAUUAUAGGUUGAUAGGCGCUUCGCGUAGACUUUAAGGGAUUGUGUUGUCACUUUGUUUUGCGACAACUUUUAAUUGUACAUUUUAGGCGGUCAUGCUGAUUUAUAAAAGCACUGCAUGGGCUAAAACUCGUGACGGCUGAAAAUUGCCGCUCUUUAUUUAAAUUAUUAGGUAUCUUGUAUUACUAGAAUGUACUUGAUCACUCAAAUAUUUCUAGUAAAUUAAUAUUCACAUUAUAA